AUGCAAGGAGAACAUUUUCGUAAAGGGACUUGGCUUCAAGAGGAAGAUGAGCAAUUGACAAGCUUUGUGACCCGUCUCGGGGGUCGAAGGUGGGACUCUCUUGCCAAAGUAGCAGGCCUUAGGAGAAGUGGUAAAAGCUGCAGGUUAAGGUGGAUGAACUAUCUUCGUCCAAAUCUCAAGCAUGGCCCUUUUAGUGUUGAAGAAGAGCAACUUAUUGUUCAGCUUCAGCAGCGAUGUGGUAACAAGUGGUCGAAGAUUGCUCGAAGGCUUCCAGGAAGAACUGAUAAUGAAAUUAAGAACUACUGGAGAACCCAUUUAAGAAAAAGAGCACAAGCUCAACAAGAAGGUAAGUUCAAGUAUGAAUUAGAAAACACAUCACAAGAUUUCAAUCAGAAAAGGAUUGAUAUGGUUUCGAAGGACUACAAUCAUGCAAACGUUUAUUGUCAAGAAAAUGAAUGGGAGACUAAGGAUAGCUCUAUAGACACUUUUCCUUUAUCAGAUUGGGAAUUGAGAAGCUCACUGCAUGACUCUAGAAUAUUAGAUUGGAUAGCACAAUUGCAAAAUGGAAACAGUGAGAAAGAACAAGAACAAGAACAGGAUUGUAAUAGCACAGGAACGUACGAAUACAAUCCUCAAGAAUUUGCAGAGUGCCGUGAUACAUGGGAUUAUUCAGGUUCCCUUUGGGACAUGAACUAA